CCUGGUUGGAGCAAGCAAGAUUUUUCUAUUGGAAGCCAUUAAAAACCAGACUCGCUGUCAAAAUACACACUGCAAUAAUGCAGUAUAAUAACGUUUAUCAUAAUAACACAAUGUCUAGACCCGAUCGAGCUGGUGACAUGUACAGUAAGCAACAGCAGUCAAACUAUUGGUGCGGACCUCCUCACGCCAUGGCCCCCAUUCAAGACUUUGGUGGUCCAAAACAACAGUACAAAAAGAAACAGAAACCUGAAAACAACAUGCAGUUGGGUGUCCCUCUUUGGCAAGAACAAGACCUUAAACCAUUCAGGAAAAAUUUCUAUGAACCACACCAUCAGAGUUUGGCCAGGACAUCUUCAGAUGUUGAAAAUUUCAGAACCAGAAUGGAUAUCAUCGUUAGAGGAAGUGAUAUACCACAACCAAACUUUUGUUUCGAAGAAGGCAAAUUUCCAGAAUACAUCAUGCAGGUUCUGUUGAAACAAGGAUUCAAUGAACCCACUGCUAUCCAAUCACAAGGUUGGCCCGUCGUACUAUCCGGUAGAGAUUUGGUAGGAAUUGCCCAAACUGGUUCUGGCAAAACUCUAGCUUAUAUGAUACCAGCUGCAGUGCAUAUAAAUCACCAACAAAGACCACAAAGAGGAGAAGGACCUAUCGCACUAAUUCUUGCUCCAACUAGAGAGUUGGCACAACAAAUACAAAAAGUAGCCCACGAAUUUGGCACUACUACGAUGAUUAGGAACACAUGUAUAUUCGGUGGCUCUCCUAAAGGACCCCAAGCCAGGGAUCUGGAGAGAGGCGUGGAAAUUGUGAUAGCAACUCCAGGAAGAUUGAUAGAUUUCUUGGAAAAAGGUACUACCAACUUGGCGAAGUGUACUUAUUUAGUUUUGGAUGAAGCAGAUAGAAUGUUAGAUAUGGGUUUUGAACCUCAGAUUAGAAAGAUUAUCCAACAAAUUAGGCCGGACAGGCAGGUCCUGAUGUGGUCCGCUACAUGGCCCAAACAAGUACAACAGUUAGCUGAGGAGUUCUUAGAAAAUUAUAUUCAUGCAAGUUUUAAUUUUACCGUCAAUGUUGGAGGUCUCUCUCUAUCUGCAAACCACAACAUAAAACAAAUAGUAGAAGUUUGCGACGAACUAGAAAAGGAAGAAAAACUUAUUAGGUACCUGAAGGAGUUCGGUUCUGACAGACAAAACAAAAUAAUCAUCUUCGUAGAAACCAAGAAGAAGGUGGAUGAUAUUACAAAAGUUGUCAAGAGAGAAGGAUUUUCUGCAAUUUCAAUGCACGGAGACAAGUCACAGCCCGAGCGUGAUUACGUAUUGAACGAGUUCCGUUCUGGUAAAUCGUCCAUUUUAGUAGCCACCGACGUUGCGGCUAGAGGAUUGGACGUCGAAGAUGUCAAAUAUGUAAUAAACUACGAUUACCCCAAUUCCAGUGAAGACUACGUUCAUCGUAUCGGUAGAACGGGACGUUGCCAACAAGCAGGUACUGCAUACGCUUUCUUUACUCCAAAUAACCAACGCCAAGCCAAAGACUUGAUAGCUGUAUUGGAAGAAGCGGGCCAAGUAGUGAACCCACAACUGCUCGACUUAGCCCAGCAAGCCAAGAACACCAAUCCUAAGCAACACCGUUGGCAAAAUAGAAAUAAGGACAAUUCUUCGCCUAGCAGUCAAAAUUCCGCCAACAAAGUGAAGACUUGGACGAACUCGAAGAGCUUCGGCGAGUUCAAGCCCAACAGCGGCCCUAGAAUUACCAAUAACAUGAGAAACGAUGCGAUGCAGAGAAACCAGAGGAACAAUUACAAUAACUUCUCACAUUACCAGAACGGACAGGUCUACCAACAGUCGUACAGCCCCAACAGCAUGUACCAAGCGCAACAGCAAACCCAGCAACAGCCGAUUUCUAACGGAACUCCCAGAAACUAUGGUAAGGACUAUUAUGGUGCCUCCGUUUUAUUUGAUUCUGACAGACAUUACGAGUCUCCCAAGGAGUACCAUUGCAAUAAUCCUCGUCAAUACAAUAACCAACGGUACAACGAGCGUCAAUCGUACCAAGCCCCACAAGCCAACAUGUACCACACGAUACCUGCUCAGUACAUGGUGCAGUCUCAGCCCGCCGACGGCAUGCAGUCCAUCAUGAACCACAAAUUCUUCCAGAGUCGAGGAUUGCCCGGCGCUACCAACCCUUGCGCAUACCAGUCGAUGGGCCAGGGCCAGCCCACUCCCGCCUACAAUCAAUUCCCAGCUGGGGUGCCUUACUACCAGUACACGCAACCCCCCACUGCCGCCGUACAGCAGUAAAUGCCACCUCUAAUCAGUUCGUUUUCUUUUUUGUUGUUUAAAUUUUUAUAACUUACUAUUGAUUCAUAUUGGCUAGUGUGAGGAGAGAUCUGAUAGUCACAAACGUGAAUAAAUUUUUUGACGCUAAUUAAUUUGAGAAUAGUAGAUAAUGACAAACAUUUUGCAUUAAAUGGCUUUAAAGUGCAGUUCUAUGUUGAUACAACAACGAAUUUAUGUAAAUAUAAAUUUAUGCAUGUUUGGAGUACGAACUGUCCUAAUACAAUCAUGUCGAAACACUCCAAUAUUUCACUUGCAAUAUAUCAAUGUUCAAUAAACUAUAAUCUGUGUUGGAAGUCUAUACAAAUCGUAUCUAUAUAUUUUCACAUUUUCCACGAUUUAACUAGAACUUACCACACUACAAAAGUUUCAUCAUAUCUUCAUCCAUUUAUGACUAAUUAUAAGAGUGUAACUUUUAAACUAAAUAUAUAAGAACAUCAACCAAUAAAACUCACUUCAGUUACAUGAGUUUUGAUUCUGAUUGAAUAUCAUCGAUUUCGACAUGGUUGUAUUUCAAAUUUUUCAGUGUUCUAGUUCUAUUGUUCCCUCGAAACCCUCGAAGAGGCUCUCCGUCUAGCUGUUUGUUUGCUGCUACGGUAACGACAUUAUGCCUUCUCCCCGCUGAUGUUGGCCGUUCAGCUGUCGGUGUUAUAUCAUUAAGGAUUGGAAUUCACCAAUAUCAGACCAAUAACUGCUUCGAGUAUCAUAUAGAUUUAUUUUUAUUUAUUAAAUUCCGUACAAUAUUACUAAAACACUGAUUUGUAUACUAAAAGUUUGUUUUUUCUCCUUGUACAGUUCGACAAGUGAAAACUGGCUACUUAGUAAAGUUUUUAUAGAAAAUAUAUGGUAAAUGACAUACAUUUUUCGAGCAAUGUCUGUGUUAUAGAGAUUACUGAUCUACCAUAAGAAAACAGUAAUUAGAAGAAUUGUUAGUUGUGGUGUAUUUAACUCUCUAAAUCUCAAAAAGCUUCAUAAAAUCAGUACUUAAAACAUUGUCACUCAAAUCAGUUAUAAUUGAAUAAAAAAAUUGCAUCCAUCUCAAAUCAUACAAUCUUCACUUAAAAAUUACUUCCAAUAAUACAUUUUUUGCAAGCUAAUUUUGCCGACAAAAAAGGUAUUGGUUACUCUUGUGACCAUAUUUUGAAGUUGACAUAUCUUGUUCCAAAAAUUGCUAAAUUUUCAAUUGGAUUUAGAUCUGGUUGACGAGGUGCAAUUUUUCGUUGUUUAAUCAUUGCGUGAGUUAAAAUCAUCUUCAACAGAAUUAGUAUCUUCUGCGUUAUUUGUUUUGGCAAAAAACCAUCUUCAAUUGGAAAGAACUGUGACAUUCUUAAAUCUGAAGCUGACAUAUUUUAGCUCAAAAAUUGUCCAAUUUUUAUUUGUAUAUUGAUCUGGUUGACGAGGUGCAAGUAUUCGUUGUUAAAUAAUUGCUUGGGUUAAAAUCAUCUUCAACAUAGUCAGUAUCUUCUGCGUUAUCUCCUAAAUCGUAGCCCGAAUCACAAACAUCUUCAGCAGAAUCAGUAUUUUCUGCGCCAUCUUGGUCAAUUAAUUUUAUUCAAACUGGUAUCAAAUUAUUUGUUUUGGCAAAAAACUGUCUUCAAUUGGAAAGGACUUAGGGCAAAUACUUUUGUCCAUUCUUGCAUGGCUCAAAUUGAUAAAAAAACUCAUCAGAUAGAGCUGUGGCAUUCAUUUUUCAAUUGAAUUUAGAUCUGGGAGAUGAGGUGGAAGUUUUUAAAAAAAUAUAGUUUUUUUUUACCAAAAUCCAUCUUCAAUUGGGCUGUACUGUGGCAAAUACUUUUGUCUAUUUUUGC